AUGACAGACCUCAACAGCAACACAGCUGUACCAGCUCGGACUCCCCAAGACUACCGCCACCUCUCUCAGCAAAUGCCACCAUCCACCACUAUGCAGCAACCCACCAGACCAACAGCUAUACCAGCUCCCAUUGUCCAACACUCCCGCCUCCUCGACCUCCCUCCAGAACUCAGAACGGCAAUCUACGACCUGGUGCUGAACACGCCCAAAUUGCCCGUCAAGCCCAAGAGGAAAGGUCGGAAAGCACCUGUGACAGUCGACUUCGAACUCGUGAAAGUCGACUCAAACGGCUACAAACGUCCACCCCUCGUCUCAGUCAGUCGGGAAGUCCGCCAUGAUGCACUCAAACUCUUCUACCACUCCCGAACCUUCAUCAUCGCAGCACCCGACUUCUCCGACGACAAUAUCCGUCACUUCCACAAGAAUCUCAAGGAAGGUAUGGGAAUCCGGCGCACGGGUAUGCAAUUCCAAGUCGAGAUCAGCGGGUUGCCCAACUGGAAGAACCUGCUAAAGUGGUUGGAGUCGUAUCAUUCGGCGCCUCGUACCACGCAAAAUUCACCUCUGCUCAAUCUGCCGCCAGAGCUGAGAACCCUGAUAUACGAGCUUGUGGUCACGUCCGAGAACCAUCGCGUCACCGUCAACGAGACUGGCUAUCACCGCCCACCGCUACUGCAAACCUGCAGAGAAGCUCGUGCAGAUGCUCUCAAACUCUUCUACAACUCGAACAAGUUCAUCAUCUCAGUGCGCAGCUACAGUACCAGCACGUUGUGGAAAUUCUGCUGCAGCGUUAAGAUCACAGGCGUUCGCCUCACGGGUCUACUGUGGAGAGUUGCGGUAGAUCGGGUGCCAUCAUGGCGCAAUCUGGUCAAAUGGCUGGAGUGGAAUCAUGUCAACCGGCACGAGUUCAGGCCGCCGCAUCGCCCGGAGUGUAAGAACCCGGAGAAGAACAUUGUUCAAGCACUUUUCGACAUGGUACAGGAUCUGAAAGGGGCCGAGUACGAGCAGGUGUAUACCGCAAUCUGGCGUCUGAGACCAGCAUUGAUCUCUCUGGAUGCCAGCGAUUUCGGGGUCGAUUUGCACGGCGACAGUAUGAUCAAAUUGAAGGUCGGGAUGCAAACAGAUUGUGCCAGUGAUCAUUCAUCUCGAGACAACAUUAUGGCCGAGAUCAAGGACCUUCAAGAUCGUGUCGCCGCUCUCGAGGCCAAGGCCGAUGGCCGUGACAGUCCGACACCAUCAACGACCGAUUCUGAGUCCGGCACUCCACAGCCACCGAAGCCAACUCGACUUCUGAUCACGAACUCGCCUCCGACAGCACAGAAUUCACGCUUACUGGAUCUACCGCCCGAAAUCCGCGAUGAAAUAUACCGUCUCGCUGUCGUGUCGUCGCAGAGGGGUAUCCUCGUUGACUCAAACGGCUAUGCACGUCCAGCACUUCUCAUCGCCUGCAAAGAGAUCUACGCCGAAGUGUUGCCAAUCUUUAACGAGAACCAUCGCUUCUGCCUCAAGAUUCGCAACUUCGAUUCUGGCCCCAUCGCUCGCUGGUAUCAAGAAACCCGUCAUCUGAAGUGGCAACCCAAUCUUUCGAUCCAGACGAACCUCCAAUUUCCUCACUGGAAGAACUUGCUUGAGUGGGUGAAGAGCUUCCAUGCGCGUGACUUCAGUCGUUCGGUUUGCGGCGACUACACCCGCAGCAAAAAUCUGCUGAAUCAGGAGGAGGUGAUCGACGCAAUCUUCCGCGUGGCUACGACUUUGCGCUCUCAUCCUUGGGAGUUGAUGCAACUCAUCAUGAAGGACAUCAGACCGGCGUUGAUUACGUUGGACCGAAGCUCGUACUCUCUCAAACUCCUCGAGACUCUCAGCCUCGAGCACCACGACCGACCAUCGACACCGACAACGAUACCAGACGCAAUCUCUCUUCGCGAACAUCCUCCACCCUCCGAUUCUACUUCGGCUUCGAGUGCCACCAACAACAUCCUUCACUCCAACAUGGACAACACCGGCCUGCUUCAGCGUGUAGCAGCCUUGGAGACUGCAAUCUUCGGCUCACCGUUGACGGCUGGAGCGAACAUGUCUACGGCUACAUCCUCGGGUACUUCACCGCCGAGCAUUGCCCCUGCAAGCACCUUUCUGGUGUCAUCACCGAUUGAUCAACGGCUUUCACAGCCCUGCAAAGCAGAUGCUACUCCUGCUCCGGCUGUCGAUACCAAAGCCGCUUACUCUGCAGCUGUACCGCCCGCGACCACGCCACAGCACUCAUCUUUGCUUGAGCUUCCCAAAGAGAUUCGCGAAGAGAUUUACCGCCUUGUCGUAACGCAACCAGACAAGUGGAUCGAUGUGCACGCGAAUGGCUACGCUCGUCCAGCGCUUCUCCAGAUCUGCAAGGAGAUUCGAUCCGAGGCAGUUCCGAUAUUCUACUCAGACACAAUGCACCGAUUCAUGAUGCGUACACGCGACUUCGACUGCUCGACCGUCUGUCUCUGGCAAGAGCGUUCAGGCCAUCUGGAUCGAACAGAGGCUAUGCUACGCGACGCCAACACGAACUGGUCGCCUCAUUGGAAGAACUUGCUUGAUUGGCUGAAGAAGUUCCACGCUCGGAAAAUCGAACACGCUGUCUAUUGCUCGGCGACGAACUCCGGCAGCCAGCAGCUACACGAGCAAGCAUUGGUUGGUAUGACGUUUUCCAUGGCUACAGACCUGAAGGAUUCGCCUUGGGAGGUGCUGGAGAGGGUGUUGGCGAGUGUCAGACCGCUCCUUAUUGCAUCAAAUCCACGCUGGGCGGAUGAGCACUGA